AUGGCAGUAAACCCUAACACCAAAGCUCCGGCCAUAGUGGCCGAGGCCGAGGAAAACACACAACUUCAAGUGGAUGAGAGCCAUAUUUUGCAGGGCAGGAGCAUCGGAGUAUUUGGGGCCAUCUCCUUGAUCGUGAACAAGAUUGUUGGGGCAGGGAUUUUCUCUACUCCUGCAACCAUCUUCAAGCUUAGUGGGAGUGUUGGAAUGGCACUUAUGAUCUGGCUCAUCGCGGGUUUUAUCUCCGCUUGUGGCGCCCUUGUGAUGCUGGAACUUGGCACCAGUAUGCCCCGGUCCGGGGGGAUGAAGGUCUACCUGGAAAAGGCGUUUUCACCACGCCUCCUGGUGACUUGUGUCUACCUUUUCUACUGCGUUUUCCUUCAGGUCUCUGCAAGCAAUGCAAUUACAGCAUCUUCAUAUCUCCUAAAAGCCGCAGGGCUAGCUACAACUACAUGGCGAUUACGUGGAUUGGCCAUUGGUGCCUCUACCUUCUCGGUGGGCAUACACACAGUAUGGCCUAAGGGAGGCAAGGCCCUGCAGGAUGUUCUCAGUUUCGUCAAGCUCUUCAUUCUGUUCUUCAUUGUUUGUUCGGGGUUUGCCGCUCUUGCUGGCCAUCGGAAGGUUCCAAACCCGCAUAAUUUUGAUCUCGCUACCUCGUUUGAAGGAACAUCAUCGGACGGCUACAGCAUAGGGUCCGCGCUUCUAAAUGCCAUAUUUGCCUUCCAUGGUUACGACAAUGUCAAUGUCUUGUCGGAGGUAAAAAGGCCACAUAAGACACUACGAAUUGCCCUCCCUGUUGCUAUGGGUCUGAUUACUGUACUCUACAUUCUUGCAAACAUUGCAUAUUUUUCGGCCGUACCAAAAGAGGAAUUUAUUGAUUCUGAUAUUACUAUUGCUGCAUCCAUGUUCAAGAACAUAUUCGACGAGUCUGCGGCAGUCAAAGCUCUCCCAGCCUUGGUGGCUAUCUCUGCCAUUGGGCACCUCCUUGGUAUUGCAUUUACAGUUCCACGGGUCAUACAAGAGCUAGGCAAGGACGGGAUCACACCUUUCCCAAGCCUUAUAAUGCAAAACAGGCCAUUCCAGACUCCUGCUGUCGCACUUGCUAUACAUCUCUGCGUGACAAUCAUUUUUAUCUGUGCACCACCAGCAGGUGAUGCGUUCAACUUUGUUGUAAAGCUUUCAUCAUACCCUACAACCGUGAUGUUGACCGCAACCACAUUCGCACUCAUCAAGCUGCGCUAUUCCAGGAGUGCGGACUACGAGCCAACAUACUCCACCCCGUGGGUUAUUAUCCUAUUCUACCUUGCUGGUAGCCUUUUUCUGGUCGUAAUGCCUUUCAUUCCGCCCAACGGCAGCAAAGAGACAUACGGCUUACCGUACUAUCUGUCUCCAUUGGUGGCCCUGGCCAUCUUGGCGUUGGGUUUUCUAUACUAUGCUUUACGCUUUUUGGUGCUACCCUGGGUGUUCCAGUAUGAGCUGCAUCAGGUCACAGUGGGGCUUGCCGAUGGAUCUCGGGUUAGACGGUAUAGACGCAAGACUUGA